AUGUUGAGCCAACCGGUGGUGUAUGCCGGUGGGGGCAGGGGUUCCUUAACUGCCGAUCUAUUCCUAUGGUGGUUUCAUCGCGAAUUUGCUGUCACGGCGAUGGCGAUGCAUCCAGACGGCGCCGUGCUGGUAGCCGAAAGUGCCGAUUAUCUGCCACCGGAAGGUGACUGCGUCGCCGCGGAUGGUCUUGUACGGCUAUUCAUUGUACCCAAGGAUUGUAUGGAAACGCGACUGGUGGUUCGAGAAUUGAGAGUACGUCUAGCUACCGGUAUAUUAUCGAGAGCACGCUGUGGCGUUUAUCACGAUAAAUUCCCUUCGAUCUUGGGCUUACCCGAGGAAGAGAGUGAUCACCGAUUAGACACGUAUCUGAAAAGAUUCACGCUAAAGGAAGCAUUUGCGGAUCUUCAUCGCGCCUGGCUCAGUGUUCGAUCGGAAACUUUUGCUCGCAGCUGGACGUUACCACGUGAUCGCGAGGAUCAUCUGCUGGCGGGAUGUAACGGCGCCAUGUUACCGCCCAGAAUCCAUCCGGUGGAUCAGGAGGAGGACAGAAUGCUGCUUGUCGAAUUGCAGAAUCUUGCCAGGGAAAUCGGACUGGAGGUCACCGAUAACGAACUCGGCAGUUGGAUUCUCGACGAAGAGAGCGCGCUGGCGCGUCUCGUUAGGAAAAAAGAACCGGACGAGGAACACUGCCGAGUGAAGAUCGAGGUAGAGACUGAUAAAUGGUCAGAUCGCAAUGGCGACGAAGACGAAGACGGGAACGACGGCAUCGAAGAGGAUGACGGCGAGGACGAACCUACUGCCGAGGAGGCUGUCGGACUCCUCUCUAGAGUACUGAUUUGGAUGGAAAGAGAACCUCUCGAUCCGGGACUUCUACUGGCGGUCAGAUCGAUGCGCGAUACCGCCGCACUUAUGGCGAGCAAGAUGGGCUUGGCGGGGACGCAUCCAAGCGGGCUACCCUUCUUUUGCCCGAACGGAGACCACCUGACGCAACCACCUCCCGCCCAUAUGGGUAUACCGCCCUACGGCGCGUUGGACGCGGGUAAGGCGGCCGCGGCCGCCGGUCUUACGAGAGCACCAAUGUAUCCCUUCUCAACGAGCCAGUACGCAUACCCCAUGCUUAGUCCAGAAAUGACGCAAGUCGCUUCCUGGCAUACACCGAGCAUGUAUCCCAUCUCGCCGGCAAAUGCUGGCUUCCGAAAUCCAUAUCCCACAAGUUUACCCAUCACGAGUUCUAGUUUACCAAGUGAUCUCUACCGGUUUUCACCGACAGGCCUUAUGCCUCCGCAUCCUGGCCUGAGUCCACACGCACAUGCGCUAGCGUCGCACGCGUUGGUAUCCUCGGCGCCGAAGGCGGAUCACUCCACCCUAGAUCACAAUCACAGGUCAACGAUAGAGCAGAAAAACUCCACAUCGUUAUCUACAGACAAUGCAAAAGCUCAGGACACGGGACAACAAAACAAUCAAGAUAAAAAGAAACCCCAUAUAAAAAAGCCUUUGAACGCGUUUAUGCUGUAUAUGAAGGAGAUGAGGGCGAAAGUUGUGGCAGAGUGUACCUUAAAAGAGAGUGCCGCGAUCAACCAAAUAUUGGGAAGACGAUGGCACUCGCUAAGCCGGGAGGAGCAGGCGCGGUAUUAUGAGGCGGCCAGGCAGGAGCGCCAUCUGCAUCAGCAACGAUACCCCGGCUGGAGUGCCAGGGAUAACUACGGAUAUGGCAGCAAGAAGAAGAAGAGGAAGAAAGAGCGAUCCGCAGAUCCCACCGGAGGUAAUAACAUGAAGAAAUGCCGCGCCAGGUACGGAUUAGAUCAACAAAGUCAAUGGUGCAAACCUUGCAGACGUAAGAAGAAAUGUAUCAGAUACAUGGGGGAGGGAGGAGACGGCGACGGUGAAGCUGACGGUGAAGCCGAGGAUGAUCGUUCGGAGGAUAAUCUGGGUAGUGUAGGAGAGGCGGGGACUCCUGAGGAGGACGAGUCUCUGAGUAGUCCUGGAGGCCUAUCCGCGUUGUCUAGUCUGGCGAGCCCUUCGUUGGUCUUACCAUCACCCUCGAGUCUGGCCAGUCCAUGCCCAUGCCCGUGCCCGUUGACGCCUCCGGUGCCGCCUCCGCCUCUGUCGAACACGAACCAGCCAUCGGUGGCGGCGACGACGUCGACAACGGUUGCGGCGGCGGCAGCGGCAGCAGCGGCGAUGGCGAUGGCGGGUGCAUCAGCAGUGACAUCAGCAGCGGCGCAGCAACAGCAGCAACAACCUUCGCAACCACCUCCGCAGCCUCAUCGCAAUCCCGUCGGCACGAAUCCUCACGACAUUAACAAUCCGCUCAGCGUGAACCAGCUGACCGGACAGUGUAUAAAGAGCGAGCCUGCACCUUCGGGCCCCUCCAAUCCGGCGAUCAGUGUUACGUAGCCCCGGCCGGACCCACGUGACCGAACUGUUGCUACACGCGGUGUCAUCUAUAGGGUCCGUCUACGUAUGCACGCGAUUACAAAGUUGGAUGACGAGGAACCGACUGAGAUGAUGACAGAAAUAAAGAGAAGGACUUGGCAGGUGAGAGACCAAACUAGGAUCUCGCUUUCGUCUAGCGUUUCUCUCUCGGAGUUCCGAUCUGAUUAGGGAGGCUCAGGUAGAGGUUCGAGGAGAACUACAGUAUUUUCGAAAUUCCUAAAGAUAAUUCGAGUGGUCACUUAGUGGAAUAGUUGAUCACGUUUCAUUGGAAUAACUAUAAUCUACAAUCUAAGCGGCACGCUGUUGACGAUUCAGAUUCGAGCAUGCGGAAUCGUUGCACGAAUCGUCGCAUCGCCAUUGUGGAUUUAUAAAGUCGCCUGUGAUCGUUCUCUCCUGGCCUCGCUCUUAUCCAUUCGCCGAACUAUAAAGAUCAUCCAAAGUCGGGAAUAACGAUCAAGACUUUAUUAUAUGUGUUAACGAAAGAACAGAAAUAAGUACUAUGUGCAGAAAUACUCAGGACCAAGUAUUUGGUUGUAGUCACCCGCUCGGUAAAAAGAAAAAUGUAAGCGAGAUGUAAGCGUGAGAGAAAUAUAUGUAUGCUUGCGAAACUGGGGAAGAGCAAAGUGCACGUCUGAUAAUAAUGCGACAAAGAAAGCAAGCUCAUUGAAAGUGCGCGUGACGCAGCUUGUAGUCCUUGUUACGUUGUGAUGCCAAUGACUGAGAGUCAUGUUCCUGUGCCAGCUACUAUACUCUAGAAAAGUAAUUAUAUUGCGGACAAGUAACUAAGCGUAAAGCGCAGGAGAGCCGCAAAAAAAAAACGGCGCGCGCAGUGCGUUUUAUUAUCAUUUGUUUAUUCGACCUCACCUCACACAUCAAGUGUGUCAAAAUACCUAAUUUCUAUGUAUAUGUAAUUUGUUAUUUUUUUAAAAGUCUAUACACAGUGCGGUUGAUUAGCAUGUAAGAUCCUUAGACCGACUUAUUUUCUACUCGAAUAUUUUUUCUCUUCUCUUUUACUUUUCUUAUUACUCAUUUUUAAUAAUAUUGACAAACGACACCAUGCGAUCAAUAAGGUUCUAAAGGCAACGUGUUUCUAUAAAUCUUAUCUAAUAAAUUUUUCCCUUUAUACGGAACAUAACAUGUUGUGUCAACUACGCAGUUAUUAAGUAUAAAUACGCAUAUUGAGAGAUGUAUAAUAUAUAUGUUUAUAUAUAUAUAUAUACACACACACAUAUAUUAUACAUAUUAUAGUAUAUACAAAUGCGUAUUGAUACUAAUAAUACGUAUUAAACUUCAUGUUUUUAUUGUCGCAAUUGACUUAACAUCGCUCAAUGUCUUCAUUUUUUUAAAUUUUCCUCAAUUUGGACAAUAAUUCUGGCCGUUAAUUCAAACUUUCGAUUGAACAAAAACAAUAACCGGAAUAAAUUAAAAGAAAUAAAAAAAAAGAUCUGGAAUUAAAAGAUUCGAUCCAUUUUCUAUAAGAAGAUUAAAAUGAGCUGUAUCGAGUCACUUGAAAAUAGUCAUCAAAAGCGAUGUUUUCGAAAAAUCCUCUGUAAUAUAUUCAUUUCUCUCCUUCUAUAUAUCUAUUUCUCUUUCCAGAAACAUUUUCUGUCCGUUUUUUUCACUUUUACGUAUUAACGUGACAUGAGCGUUCGAUGAGCAUGUAGCAUCGUCCGAUGCGAUUUGAGGAUUAGCCUAUUUAUAAUCCAUAUGUAUGCGCAUCAGAGAAAUAAGUUUUUCUCUCAAAUCGCGGUAUAGAAAGAAAAUUUUUAUUAUUGGAACAAUCGCUCAAUGAACGACUAUUAGGAAAGAUUUUAGAAAAACAUUUUAUGAUAUCUUAUAAAACAUUGUAAGUUUUAUUAACGUUUUAUUUUCCUCUCUUUCCGUUAUUAUCAGAGUUUAGCGGAGUUUAUGCGGUUUCAAGCAUUAGGAUAGCAGAUUUUUGUUUCUAGAUACAAAAUGACGUUACAGAUAUUUUUAUCGGCAAAUCUACGUUUUUUCCUUAUGUUUUAUUUUAUAUAUAUAUAUAUUAUUGUUUAUCAUAUUGGUGUAACGUGCAAAUGUAAAACGUACUUGGACGAUUAAUGCAAAAUAAUAUGAAAUAAUCUUUUAUUAUUUCACGAAUUUUUGUUGCGAAAAAUCUUCUAUUACAGCCAGUAGUCCUUUUUUCUAUAAAUAAAAUAAAAUAAAAAUAAAGUUGUUAAUCACAUGAAAAGUAAAAGAUUGUUCACAAUAUUGUCUCGUCUCAAAAGAACAACUCUAGUUCUUUCAUUUUAAUUUGAUUUUCACUACCAUUAAGAUUUUUGACGUUGCUAAUUUUUAAAAUUUUUAUUUUUUAAUCGAUUUAAUAUUUUACAUUUUUACGAAAGUGAUAAAAAUAAAAAUAAGUCUUUUUUGCAAUAAGACAUUUACACGAUGGUACGUUUUAUAAAAAGUUAAAAUUAUGUAUCAUAUGCGCAAUUUCGAGUAUGCCGAUAUUAUAUAAUUGCGAUAAGAAUUGUUAAUGACUGAUCUCGUUCUGUUGCGUGACAUUUUCGUGCGAUCCUAAUUUUUCUUUAUCAUCUAUUACCAAACGGGAAAGAAAUACGCGAGAGGGAUUCUUUAUAACGAUUGUUCCGUAAGCGUUUAUUCAGAGAGCAGUUUCUCUUUUGUACAUAAAAUAAAUACGUUUUAUAUAAGAUGCAUUUGUUGCGGCGCAUGGGAAAGUGCAAUGGAGGUGCCAAUGAGAGAACGAGAGAGUGUGAGAUUGCGCGCGUCGUGCGCCGAAACUGAAGUAGACGUUGCACAUUGAGGGUGUAUACGAACGUCUAUGACAAUAUCUUUUCUCUUUUCUCCCUUCCGCAAUGUGUUUCUCCUUGUUUCUUUUUAUACUAUUUUUUUUAUUUUUCGACUGGAAUCAUCCGGUGUCUGUAUAGCGAACAUGGCGAAAGCCGCUGUAGAAACGCAUCGCCGAGUAUAGCAGCGAACUAAACGUGCCAUAACAACGUCAUGCCAAUAUUACUAAUAAUACAUAUUGUUUUUGACAUUAUAAAUCCUAGUUCCGUCGAUCGUGAAGCAUGAGCCAUCGACGAGAACUUGCCCUUCUUUCCCUCCUUCCAUCUCUCUCUCUCUUUCUCCCUUCCCGCCUUCUUCGUUUGUCGAUCGAACUCGUUAUAAACAGACUGAAAAUGGCAUUUAGUAGGAACUUUUUCGCGAGUGUCGAUCUGCUUCAACGAUCUGUAUAUUAUAUUUGUAUACGGUCGCAAACAAAGCGAAAAAAAGCUUGGCAGUUUUAUUUUCGAGGCGCUCGAACGAAAGAGAAACGUAGACUCUCGCGCGUACAAAACGUUCGAUCGAGGAAUCGAAGUACCUACCUACCGAAUAUGCACGGGGCAAGGACAACCAGCAACGUCUCACGAGAGAGACGAGUGCGAAAGGAAAGGAGGCGGCGGCGGCGAUGGCGGAUUAGCGACAGACAUAGCCAGUUCGAAAAAAAAAUGAAACUCGCCAAGUUUGAGUAUUGUACGCGCGAUUGUAAUACGACUGUGACGCGACCGAUGGGACCGAUUCUUUCUCGAUGAAUAUCGGAUGCUGCGAACAGAGCGGUACUCCCUUUCAUGAAUCAUCUCGAGCUCGCUUGCUGCCUUCUUUCUCGCUCUACUAGCGUACGACGAGGCGACGUCGCCUAGGAUUCGGUGGCGAACUGCUCGGAGAUGCGAAAGCGUCUGCACGUUCGACGUUAUCGGAUAUAAAGAGAAAUGUAUCCCUGGAACGCGGAAUGCGAUUCUCGGAAUACGAGCAAACUUGCUCGAUACGGCCUACAGUCCGCUCGAGAAGAAAGGGUAUCGCGAGUCGCAAAUGACGACCCCCUUCCCCCCGGUGACGAGGGUGACCAAGCUCGUGCCGAUCGAGUCGGGAAUUCGGAGCUCGUGUCUCGCUUCAAAGGAGUAAUUGUAUCAUAUUGUAAAGUAUCAAUCGACAGUUCUCAGCUGCGUUGUACAGUGUUUUCUAAGUAUCUAGGCUGAUAGCGCGCGUGUAAUUGAGGAAAAGGAACAUUGUAUUUACACUAAUAAGCGAUCUGUAUCAUUCAUUCUCGUAUAGCCUGUAAUCCUACUCAUGUAGAUGCUAAAAGUGAUUUGUGUCAUAAAAAAAAAACCCUAUAAAUAAAAUUAGCACUUUGAGAACGUU